CACAGAGGUAAAGCAAACGCUUUCCAUUAUCGAGGUGGCUGACGAGACAGACGGAAACGAGGCACACAUCAAGAGAUCGUUUGAGCGUAAACUGAUUUAGACACAAAAUCAAAAAGUCCCAAACCGGAUCUGAAAUGGAUGCUAUGGUUAUCGUGCCGCAGCAGAUCUGAUAGUCGUGAUCUUAACGAAUCUGGUGUGACACUGACUCCAUUUUUGCCUUUAUCUUACAGAAGAAAUCAGAAAAAAAACCUCCAAAUAUGAACAUCUCUAACAACAUCACGUGUGAAGGCAAGUUCACUGCAGAUUUCCAGCUCUAUCUCUUCCCCAUCACCUACAUCCUCGUGAUGGUGUUCGGUCUGCUGGGGAAUCUGGGUGCGCUUUACAUCUUCAUGUUCAAAACGGAGCAGAGGUCUCCUUCUAGCGUGUACAUCCUCAGCCUGGCGGUGGCCGACACCUGUUUCCUGUGCGUCCUCCCCUUUCGCAUUCACUACCACCUCAACGACAACCACUGGAUCUUCGGGGCGGCGGCUUGUCGUCUGACCGGUACGCUUUUCUUCUGCAAUGUCUACAUCAGCAUCGCUUUCAUGAGCUGCAUUUGCGUGGACCGUUACCUGGCGAUCAUCCGUCCCCACACUUACCUGCGUCUGCGCAACACGCGCUACGCUGUAGCCGUGUCCGCGUGCGUCUGGGUGGUUGGAGGAACGGUCAUUUUAACCUUCAUGUUCACGUUUCCGGACAUGCAGAACAUCGAGGAGAAGACGAGCUGCUUCGAGAACUUUUCAGAGAGCGAAUGGAAGACGAAUCUGGCUCCGUACAGCGCAUUCAGUCUGGUGUUCGGCGCUUUGCUUCCUACAAUCAUCAUUCUGGUGCUCUACCCGGUCGUGGCGCGUCGCAUCAUGCGAAUCAAGACGAAAACAGCUCGUAAUGCCCUGAGGAUCAUCUACACCAUCCUGGCCAUCACGGUCUUCUGCUUCUUACCUUACCACCUUGUGUACUUUCUGCACCUGCUGUGGAGAACUCAGGUCAUCCAUAACUGCUGGCUAGCUGAUGGGAUCUACAAAGCGAGGCGUGUUACCAUAGCGCUGGUCAGCAUGAACAGCCUGCUCGACCCUGUGCUGUAUUACUUCGCCACCAGCCACUGCAAACUGACCUGCAAAUGGAAGCCGCUGAAGCCGAAGAAGAAAAGAGGCGUCUACGUCAUUUCGGAGAGCUUACAAGCUCAGUGACGCGAAGAGACGCACUUGUCGAAUUUUAAGAGUCAACAAAAAAAAUAAAUACGAAGGGACGUCGGCGUGACUCAUGUAGAUACAGCAAGAAUCUCAGUAUUAACUGACCAUCACACACACACACACACACACACACACACACACACACACACACACACACACACACACAAACACACACACACACAUGCCUGGUGGUUUAAGGUAAAAUAAUCCAGAAAUCUUUGUACAUAACACUCUCUUGUAUAUAUUUAUAUAUAUAUAUUUUAAAAAAAAGUGGAAAAAAAUAAAUAAAUCCAAUGAUUUUUUUUCCUCUCAUCCUGUCAGUAGAGAUCAUGUUGUUGUUGUUAUAAGCUGAAAGAAAAGGAAAAUGGACUCAGAGCAAGCAGCAUUACAGCCGAGACAAAAAUAUCCGUUCGGUUAAAUGGUCGUUUUGGUCAGAUGUGACGCUCACGUGUGCCGGUUCUUACACAAAGAGCUGCAAGUGGCAGCAGAUGUAAUAAACCGACAGAUGUAGCAAUGAAACGAUAGACAGAGUUUACAGCGCAUUCGUGUCCUACAGAAAGAGAGACGCUUUAUGUCCAGGGGAAGGUUUGGGAGGUCAUCCUGAUGAGUCCCAGUAAGGCAGCGGUGUCUGAUCUAAUCCUGAUAAGAUCGGACACCGCUGCAGUAAGGAGUAAGAAACCUGUCUGGGUGAAUUACAGCAGCAUGGAAAAGCUUUUAGGAUUCAGUACCACUGAGGUAGGCCAUCUGAUCAGGAACCGAGGAACUUGGCACCAUCUACAACCAUGAACAGCUCGCUGAAUGUCAGUUAGGGGUUCAUCCAUCUAACGAGGGCUUCCAAUUUCCGACAUGGCAGCUGGACUGCAGGGAAGAAAAUGUGUUCAUUUGAAGGUUUGAUUUAGAAGCUCGAGAUGUCACUCAGAGAUUCUGCAUCACUGCUGCUGUGUAGAAAAGGAAGUGGUGGAAUUGUGUGCUUAUCUGGAAACUUUCAUUCAUUCGAUCGUCACUUGGUGCAAAAUAAUAACCUAAAGGUGCUGCAUGUUUCUGUUGCCAUAGUUACCAUAGAAAAGCAUAGCUGUAUAUAUAUAUAUAUAUAAAAAACUAAAAGCUCAGUACAAAAGAAGGAAGCAGCGAGCAGGACAAAGAGAAAUGUGACGUUUGAAUAUUGAAUAGAUUUCAUGUAGAGUGUAAAUACACACACAUGCACACACACACACACACACACACACACACACACACACACACACACACACACACACACACACACACACACACACUCUCUCUCUCUCCCUCUCUCAUACACACACACUCACAUGCACACACUCUCUUUCUCUUUCACACACACAUGCACACACACACACACACACAUGCACACACACACACACACUCUCUCUCACACACACGGUACUCUAAAAGUUUCAGAUCCUAAAAUGAACCUGCACAUUCUAAAAUGUUUGUAAUGUACAGAAGGUGCACAUACUUAUGUUUCUGUAAAAUAACAGACUCUGAGGAAGUGAAAUUUCUUAGUUUUAUUUUACUUGUUAUCACUUAUACAUCAGUAGAAACUCAUAAUCCGGAGGGAAGUCCUUUCUUCAGCAGAUUGGAAAGAAAACUGCCGAGCUCUUCGUCCUAAAAGAAAUAAAAUAAAAUAAAAAAAUAAAAAAAUAUAUUUUUAAAAUUAAAGAAAUAAUAAUAAAAUAAACCCUGAAUACUCAGCAAUGAAGGUAGCAAGACAGUUCUAUUACAAUAAAUACAUUUAGAAAUCAUUACAUUACACAUAUGUAUAUGUUAUGUAUAUUUAUUAUAUAAUAAUGUGUAUAAUUUUAUUUUUUAUAUAAUGUGCUUAAUUAAAAUGUGCCAAAGUUCCUGCAUUCUGUGUUAAUCAGGAAUAAUGAAAAUAGGCAUUCUUUGUUUUUUGUUUUUUUACAAGUUUAACAAGCUGUUGUUGCUUCAUGCGGAUGUUUUUCACUCUUAUUGUUUUGCUUUUAGUUUAAACACCUGAUUAUUUAACAGGUCUGUAACUGAUGUGAAGCUCAUUAAAGAGACACGAGUGUGAA